AAGGCGUUUUUCCUUGCAAACCCUCGCUCUCUCGGAAGGAACCGUGUUUAUAAAUUGCAACAGUAGCUCCGGGUGCACGUGCAGCAUGAAUCUUUUCGGAUUGAUAACGCUUGUUAGUUUAAUUGGGACCAGUUUGGGCGCAGUACCCACCACACAACGCACAGUUGCCGCUCAUUUGACGGCGCAGGACCAAGAACGGUUUGCGAAGGUUUACAGCGAAGGGCUAAAGUCGAGCGACCUACAGUCGCUGUUCUUCACAUCAUCCAAUGUAAAGCUUCCGGCCAACGAUGUGGUGGGCACCUGCAAGCGUUUGCUCGCGCUUCACGCGGAAUCGAAGUUGAACGAUUUCGAGAAAAACUUCUACCUGAUUGGUGCCAGUAAAAACUUUGGCUGCAAGGAAGCACUGCCGGCCAAAGUGGAAACGGCUGUGAAGGCGUCCCUCGCGAAGGAUGCUUCAUCGACGCAAGAGCUCUACUUCAACUUCCAUUCCGCCAAGCUGGUCGGCGUGAAGCUGGACGAGAAAACCCGAACGGCGCUGGGCAAGAACCUGCAGUCGUUGGUGAAAAAGGAUGAUUCUUUGAAUUCGCUCGGCCACACGUUCGCCGUUGCGUCCGAACUUGGCCCGGCUGGCGCGUUCGCUUACGAUCGCAUCGAAGAAGCGUUCGUGCAGGCAGAUGAAGUGGACGGAAAGAUGCUACAGUUCGAGGGCGGGCUGAGCAUUACGGCACUGAUCGUAAACAGUGGCUUCAAGCUGGCCACGAGCCUCAACAAGCCGGCCCCCAUCAACGCGGAGCAGGCGGUAAAGUUUGCCGCCUAUUUUCUGUCUCGCGUGUCCGUCCAAACGCCCAAAGGUGUCAGUCUGCUAAUGGACGCAUUGAAUUUGCUGGCCUCGCAAAAAUCGAUCGCUCCCAUCUGCGUACGGUUGGCGAACAAUGGUCAGCUGCUUCCCGAGAGCCCCGUGCUGACGGUGAAAGUGUGCGAUCUGCUCGGCAAACCCAUGUCCCCGGCCCUGGCAGCCCUUUCGACGACCGUCACGUCCCGCCCAUCGAACGAGGCGCUCGUCAGCAAGGUCAAUCUGGUCCCAAGCAAGGACGACGCCACGCUCUACUCGUACAACCUCAAGGCGGCCUCCCCGCAACGCGGCCAGUUCCUUGUCGACAUCGAAGCUGCUCCCGCUUAUCGUCAGCUGCUGAGAGUCAGUGUGUUGGGCAAGGUGCGCGUCAGCUCGCUGGAGAUCGGUGUUGGUGAUACCGACAGUACCUCUGCCAGCGUAAAGCGACACACGGUGGCUCACCCGGGCAAGAUAAGCACGCUGCUGAAUGCCGAUUCGCAGCAAAAAGUCAUCCUGAAGACUGUGUUGGUGGACGAAACGAGCGGCAAACCAAUCGCCGUGCACCAAGCGUUCGUGCUGUUGCGCAACAAAGAGUCCCGGCACGAGAUCAUCUUCGUGGCCGAGACCGACUCGAGCAAGGCGUAUAAAUUCGAGAUGGAUGUUGGAGCCCGAGCGGCGGACUUUGACCACAAGAGCGGUCUGUACGAACUGCACCUGAUUGUCGGCGAUGCCCUGCUGGCCAACUCGUUCCAGUGGCACGUGGCCGAUGUCGAGCUCAAGUUCGCCCUGACGGAUGCAGCAACGAAGGAAAGCUCCAACGUUGGUGUCAACUCACGCCAACCGCUGCCGGAAAUCGUCCACCAGUUCCGUGCUCCGGAGAAGCGUCCGGCCCGGUUCGUCUCCGACUUGUUCACCGGAUUGUGCGUGGCUCCACUCGUGAUUCUCUUUUUCCUGUGGGCCAAACUGGGAGUGAACGUUCAGAACUUCCCCCUGUCGCUGGGUGCGCUUGGGUUCCACGUUGGACUCGGUGCCAUUCUCACGCUGUUCGGUGUCUUCUGGCUACGGUUGAACAUGUUCGAAACGAUGCGCUACCUUAUUCCGCUUGCACUGUUCACGUUCUUCUGCGGUAACCGUAUGCUGCGCAAAAUAGCUCGUGGAGGAAGCGAGAAGUAGAGCCGACCGGGGUAGUUAGGGAAUCUGCGCGGUACGGCGCUGUGGCGAGGUUCGAAUAAGCACACCCACAAUUCUCCGACUGACUGAAUGUGAAGCAGAAGCAGCAGAUGAGGGAUUGACAAAUGAUUGAUCUCCUAGCGAGGCAACACCAUAUUGAGUCAUUAAGUAAUGCCGACUGGAAGUUACAGAUGAGAACAAAAAAUCAUUCCCUAAAAAAAGAGGUUCAAAACGUGAUCCAGCCGGGAUCACGGCAAAAGCAGGGCCGGAUCAGGAUCAGCAAACCAGUCUUAAGUUAGAGCAUUUACCAAGAGGCCCUACAUCGAAAUUAGAGGAUCUCGCGAACGUUGGGUAUCGUCCCCCAUUUCAGCCCAAUUCUUUUUGUGGACCAUUUCAACUUCUGAACAAACCGCGGUCGACAUGCAGGGUGUGUAACGAAAGUAAUUUGUUUCCCAAUGUUUCUCACAUUUGCAUUAAAUAAAGGAGUAGAAAUUCACA